AUGCCCGAAGUGCAUAUUCCUGAUGUGGAAAUUGCGCCGGCGGCAAUUGGAAAGCUCGAUCCUGCGCUUGCCAGAGCUCUCGAGGCACCCACGGACUUUGACUUGACGAUGCCAUCCCUGGUUGCACCAGGAGCAACUGUUGGUAAACUCAAUCCUGCUCUUACCAGAGCUUUGGAAGCACCAGUUGUCCAAGAGGGUGAUGUACCAGCAUUUCAAAUGAUUGGUGAUGUAAAGGUUGCUCCAACCGCAAGUGUUGGGAAGCUUGAUCCUGCCCUUACAAGGGCUCUUGAGGCACCCGUGGUUCAAGAGGGUGACAUACCAGAAUUCCAAGCUGUAGGUGACGUCAAGGUUGCUCCAGGAGCGUCCAUUGGAAGGGGAACACAUGACCCUGCCCUCAGCAGAGCUCUCCAAGGACCUGUGGUUCGGGAGGGUGAUGUUCCAGAGUUCCAGGCUGUUGGUGAUGUGAACGUGGCACCAGUUGGUGUAGGAAGAGGGAAACACGACCCAGCACUCUCAAGAGCCCUGGAAGGACCCGUCGUUCGGGAGGGAGAUGUCCCUGAAUUCCAGGCUGUUGGUGAUGUGAAUGUGGCACCAGUUGGUGUAGGAAGAGGGAAACACGAUCCAGCACUCUCAAGAGCCCUGGAAGGACCCGUGGUUCGGGAGGGAGAUGUCCCUGAAUUCCAGGCUGUUGGUGAUGUGAAUGUGGCACCCAUUGGUGUAGGAAGAGGGAAACAUGAUCCUGCCCUUUCACGAGCCCUAGAAGGGCCCGUGGUUCGGGAGGGUGAUGUUCCAGAGUUCCAGGCUGUUGGUGAUGUGAACGUGGCACCAAUUGGUGUAGGAAGAGGGAAACACGAUCCAGCACUCUCAAGAGCCCUGGAAGGACCCGUUGUCCGGGAGGGCGAUGUCCCUGAAUUUCAGACUGUUGGGAUGUGAAUGUGGCACCAUUGGGCAGGAAGAGGGAAGCAGAUCCUGCCCUUUCAAGAGCCCUUGAAGGA